AUGCAAUGGAUUUUGGGAUUUUACAGCCUACGUGCGGGUAGACAUGAUCUAACCCUGUUAAAAGAAGAAAAGGGAAGUCUGCUGGAUCCAUUGAAAGCCAGAGAGGACUCCCGCUGGAGCCGGGGAAUGGGGAUGAUGCUCCUCAGAAGCUUGUGUCUGUCUCUCCUUCUGCUCUCCUCGGUGGAGGCUCAGUAUGAGAAGUACAGCUUCAAAAGUUUUCCCCAGAAGGACAUCAUGCCGCUGGAGUCCGCGUACAAUUACGCGCUGGAGCAGUACGGGGCGCAGAGCUGGGCAGAGAGCCUCCGGUACCUGGAGCUCAGCCUGCGGCUCCACCGGCUGCUGCGGGACAGCGAGGCGUUCUGCGCCCGCAACUGCAGCAGCGCCAGCCGGGACGGAGACUCCCUGCGCCCCGACAGCAGCCUCCGCGUUGUGCGCCACAUCCUGCUGAGGGCUGCCUGCCUGAAAAAGUGCAAGGCAGAUUUCCCCAUUUUUAACUUUUCAUAUCCGCGGAGGGAUUUAUUGGAAACUUUUGAGAAAAGAAUACCGUAUCGGUACAUUCAGUAUGCUUAUUAUCAGCUUAACAACUUGGAGAAGGCUGUGUCAGCAACUCACACCUUCCUGAAGAAAAACCCAGAUGAGCCCUAUUUGACCAAAAACAUGAACUACUACAAGACCCUGUUUGAUGUGGAGGAGUAUCUCAUCGACCAUGAAGAGCAACCAUAUGAGAGUGUUUUCUUAAAGAGCGUGACGCUCUAUAACAGUGGGGAUUUCAGCAGCAGUGCCAGAAACAUGGAGCAGGCAAUCACAGAGUAUUUUGAGGUGUACAGCCUCUGCUCAGCAGCCUGCGAAGGCUCAUAUGAAAUCUUGGAGUAUAAAGACUUCUUCCCAACACUUGCAGAUCUGUUCCUUCAUGUGCUGAAAUGUAAAGUGAAAUGCGAGGAGCAGCUGAUGCCCAACGUCGGAGGGUUCUUCGUUGAGAAGUUUGUUGCUACCAUGUAUCACUACCUCCAGUUUUCAUAUUAUAAAUUGAAUGAUGUAAAGAACGCUGCUCCCUGUGCGGCCAGUUACAUGCUCUUUGACCCCAGCGACCAGGUGAUGCAGCAGAACGUGGCCUAUUAUCGAUUCUACCGGGAGCAGUGGGGGCUGCAGGAGGAGGACUUCCAGCCUCGGCCUGAAGCCCAGAGGUAUUACAACCAGACAAUAAAACAAAAAGAAAUGCUUGAUUUUGCACUGAACUACCUACAAACAGAUGAUGAGGACAUUGUGAGCCCAGAAGAAACAGAAACUUCUCACUCUGACCAACCUGAUGCUGAAUUUGAAGGAAUCGGUGACUAUGAGGAGUCCUUCCUGGCUGAAUGGUGGCAGGAACCCAAAUCUAAGUGGGACACUGGUGAGGAUGCCGACUGACGUCCAAGCUUAUUUCCAAAUGGUGUGGCGGACUCAAUCCCAGUUCUCAUGCCUGC